AAUUAAUGGCGAAAUUAUUUAUGAUUCGAAAAGGCUGGAAUUCUAAAGCUUCUGAUACAGCUCAAUAUAAAAACCAAGAUGACGGAAAUGCCGACCUUUAUAGGAAUGCCUUAGAUCUUAGAAAAAAAAAUGACACUCAAAGCUCGAACUCGUCGGAAGAUCAAUUGUAUUACAGGCAAUUGUUGGAUACUACUAAAGAAUUGUAUCGAUCCAUACUUUACAAUUGUUUAUCAUCGUCCCCUUCCCUGGAGGGAGACCCGUUAAAUAUGAACAAUAGUAUUGAUAAUAAUAUUGAAAGUAAUCACGAAAAGAAUGGAUCACCAUUAGAGGAUCUUCAUCCAUUUAAAAUUAAUAUCAAACCGCAAAAAUCUGAAAGCAAUAUCAAAGUGAACGGGGACGAAAAUUCUCCUCUGGAUUUAAGCAAGAAAUUUGAUUCUUAUUCUGAGAGGACUGUGACCAACACAUCGUCAUCUGUCAAAAAUCAAUCCGUGAUUCGCUUAUUGAGUUCCGCCCGUUGUAGCACGAAUUAUAGAGGCUCCUCAGACGAUUUGAGUGAACAACUAAAUGAUGCCGACUAUUUCGAGGAGAAACAGCACUCCCUCACUUUCAACGGUUCGUUUAAAAACCCACCAUUUUCCACCAAAUACCCCCACCAAUUAUAUAGCGCUGAUUACAAUUCACGUAAAAAGCAUUUAACCAAUCAUGCCCGAACACCUUCUGAUAAAUUAAACAAUUUAUACGGAUUACCCGACGAUUUUUCUUCUAAUCUUUUAAAUAAAUUCGAAUACGGCCUUUCAUCGACUCGCACUAAUUCGUCUAGAUCCACUGUACCAAAUUCUUAUCACAAGAAAUCAUCAUUUAAAUUUAAUGCUGUAUAUGGAUCCGCAAACAAUUUGUCGAACCAUUUAUUAAAUUCAUCUACUAAAUUAAAAUACGAAGAAUUAUUGUCACCCAUAGAUACGUCGAGUUCAAUAUCACAAAACAAAAUGACAGCCGUUUUUAAUAUUGAUCAGGGAUUGUGUUGUGGAAAAGUGUCCGACAUGGCAGAAAAAAGGAAAAAUAUAGGGACCGGAUCUGACUCCUGCGAGGAUUCUUCAUAUUUUUCUGGUCCACCAUCAUUAAUAGACUCGCCUCUAAUUCCAGCGUCCCAUAAAAAUAAUGGUGGAAAAGAAAUUUACAAAGAAAGCGAACACAAACACCGACAACAAGUUGUCGAAGAAGAGGUUGAAGGAGAUUAUAGGGAAAAGUGGAAGAAGACAAGAAUAAGCAUUAGUAGUAGUCGGGCAACUCCUCCAAGAGUCAACCAAGUGGAAGGGACUUUACCAACUGACAUGGCGGCAUCUUAUCGAAUCCAACUUUUGCAAAAAAAGAUGCAAAUUCCAGCUGAUGUCCCCAUUGAACUGAUAAACGGUGGCUAUGGCAUAAAGAACCCCCUAUUGCAAAAUUUGAACCAAACUCCUUUGCCUUUAUCUGCCGAAAUUAUACAGGAAAAUAAUUCCCACGGCUCUUCGACACCAUCUAGCCUUAUGAUUAAAAGCGAAUUCAAUGGGAAUAGUCAUCAAUCGACUACUACGGAUCAUAAUUUUAAUAUAACAACUUUAGACACGGCUGAAAAGACGGGAAAUGAUGUUUCGGGAAACGGGAGGCUUAAAGUCAUAGCUUGUCAAAUAUGCGGUAAGCAGUUCACUUACAUGAGAUUACUAAAGAGGCAUCUCAAAUGUCAUUCGUUAUUGAAGAGAUAUCUCUGCACAUAUUGCUGCAAAGGGUUCAACGAUACGUUCGAUCUUAAGAGGCAUACUCGUACUCAUACAGGUGUCAAGCCUUACAAAUGCCAGAUGUGCGAUAAAAGCUUCACUCAAAGGUGCAGUCUAGAAAGUCACAACAGAAAAUUGCACGGGCUACAAAUGAAAUACGGUUAUAAAGAGAGGCGAGAGAAGCUGUACGUUUGUGAGGAAUGUGGCUUUACGUCGAAUCGAUUGGAUGGCCAUGUGGAACACUUGAACAAAUUUUGCAUUAAACGCCGAGAGAAACUUCUUCAAAAUGCCAAUAACAAAAACGUGAUAACGGAGAAUAAGGAUAAUGUUUUUAGCGAGAAUUCGGAAGAAAAAGAUGAGAACUCUGAUAAAGCCAACAACUUUUUGCUGCGGAAGGCCUUGUCCAUGAAACCGGUACCAAUGAAGGAAGAACGACGACAACCUUUUUCUGGAAGUCUUUACGAUUUUACUAAUGAUGGAAGCGAUAUGGAACAAUUACAUUGUUACCAUGGAUCGGCAAAAAGAAACGCCAAGAAUAAUAAUGAUAAUAAUGUUUGUUCGCUUUCCGAAGAUUCAAACUAUUCCACAUUUUCGGGGCUUUCCUUUGAAACUACCUCACGCGAAAAAAAGUACGUACCCGAGAUGAAUGUCAACAGGAACGAGAUCCGACAUAUUUUAAAGGAACCAAUGGAAAAUAAGGAUUGCUAUGGCGAUAAACUUAACGGCAAUAUUAUUUACCCUUAUAAUUUAUCUAAAACACCUCAAACAUACGACGAUUAUGGCUCAAACAGUUUACAAGCUUUCAUAAUGAGAUGCCAAAGAGCUUUGAUGCCGAACUACUGCAAUCCUAACAACCUCAAAUUUGACGAAGUGGAAUCAAUGAGGGAGCUUGAUGCCAUAUCACUUAAUUAUUAUUUCUAUUAUGCCAAUGGGUUCCCCAUCCAAUCUACUUACAAUCACAAUUUACCUCCAACUCUACCACCGUUCAUGCAUUCACAUAUUUACAAGCAUCAUUAAAAAAAUAUGUAAUAACUCUUAGAAUUUCAAAUCUUCUAUUUAAAAUAAUAAUAAUAAGUGUAAAUGGCUAUAUUUUGGUAUUUUUAAC